AUGGUUCGCGUCUAUUCACGCCCAGAAGCCGUAAACUCUACUACACACGCCUUAAAAACAGCUGCGAAUGUGCUGGAUCUUCUCCAAGAGUACUUCGGGGUUCCACUCAACAAUGAGAAACAAGAUUUCUUUGCUGUUCCUGUAAUGGACGGUAUGCCUGCAAGUGGUCAAGGGCUCACUUUCAUGCCUGAAGAAGAUCUAUUGGUGAACCCUACCACUGGCACAGUGGAACAGAAAGUGAAAGUAGCACGAGCCCUAAUUAACCAAUUGAGUCGUCAGUGGUUUGGUAACCUUGUGACUCCAUCUGACUGGCAUGCACUAUGGCUGAAUGAGGCUUUUGCUAAUUACAUGGAAUAUUUCUUGCUGGGGAAGUUAUACGAAAACGAGAUUGAUGCGGGAGGGGCCUUGCUGCGUAUGAUUAAGACCGUGAUAGGUGAGGAAAAGUUCCAGAAAGGAGUGCAG